UUAAUUAGAAAAAAAUAACGCGUUAAAAAAGAAUUAACGCAUUUAAUCGCAGCUUGCAUUUCAAGCAAGGCGGAACCUUUGUCAUUGCACGUUUUCCUCGUAGACCGAAUAUCACUGACGCACACAACAAUGCACAGUGGCUAAUGGCUACUAAAACGAAAUAAAAACAGAAAGAAGUUGCCUUGCUUGGACUGAUGCAGGAUUUAGGAAACACGUCCGCCUCUUUUCUUAACUUGGAAAAUAAAAACUUCCAGACAACAACGGAGUCCGUGUCGCGGACAUUUUUCAGAGAUCGUCUCUGCUGCGGCUGCCCGCCCGGUGGCACCGGAAACUUUACAAAAGUUGCGUUAAACAGGAAGAACAUAAAAAGGAGGAGUAUAGCUGGAUAACAAACAGAGGUUGGAGGGGAGGAGCUACAGGACAAAUAUAUAAUCUGUAUAUGUCUCAUCAUUCGUGAACACCUUUUCCAUCCUUCAGAGGCCUCACCGUCAUUUACCUGCAUCACCAUGAAAGCAAUCAUGCUACUGUGUGUGCUGCAUGCAGCGUUUGGUCAGCUCCCAAACUAUGGUUGGAAUGGACAAAACCAGCUGCCAUCGAGUUCACCUGCAGGUGUAGUUACAGAUUGUAAUUCUGACCAAGCAUCGUGCAGCUGCUGUCUGAUGCAGAGGAAAAUGCAGAGGAUGGAGCAGCUUUUUAACUCUACGGUCAGUGAAAUAAGCAAACAACUGGCCAGCUCCAAGACAAACAUCAACAGUGUGAAAACUAGCCGCAGUGUCUUCUCAGUGGCCCUGAACAACGCGUCAGCUUUGACUUGCGUUGGCCCCAAUGCCAACGAUGCACCCAUCAUCUACAAAUACACCUUUUACAACACGGGAGGCUACAGCACUCAGACCGGCAUCUUCACUGCUCCUCUCUCUGGUGUCUACAGCCUUGCUGUCUCCAUCUACAGCGUUACCUCUGCUGAUAAAAGCCAGGCCUCUUGCGCCAGCCUCCUGGUUAACGGCAACGUGGUGUCGUCCCUCAGUGACAGAAACGGUCUGGAUGUUGAAGACAGCAGCACCAGUGUUCUCGCCAUCACGCUUAAAGCUGGGGACCAGGUGUCCGUCAGCCUUCUUAGUGGUUGUAACAUCUGUGACAGUUUCAACCAUUUCAACACCUUCACUGGCUUCCUGCUCUAUGCUGUUUGAUUCCUCUUCCUUCAUCUCCUCUGAAUGCAGCUGGACUAGACAAGAUCUUUCCAUAGGGACAGUUUUAGAUCUGUUGUUUUGACUGAUCCCAGAACAAUUACCUCCUGCUUCACUCUGACCCGCUAUCCAUUGCUUUCCUCCUUUUUACUGAGCUCAAUAAAUUCCUUUUAUUAAGCCAACAUGAAGGUUUUAAAUUGCAAAGCGAUGUCGUAGAAAGAUGCUUUUCAAAUGGAAGUAAAUCUUAGCUGUAAUUGUUUAUCCUAAAUCUACCAAAGUGAUCAGAUUUGGUUUAUCUGUAAAAUAUUUUAAUCCUGAUAAGAAAAUAAACAUUUUAACCAGACAGCUGGGUUUAUGACUUUUACUUUCUUUUAAUUUCCAUUAAAUAAAUAAAUUAUCCAAACAUGAUAUGAGAGCUAUCCUAAGUUUACUAUGCUCCGUUCUAAAACAGAACAGAACUUUCAGCUCCAGAAGGUCCUGGUAGUCUUGAGAUUUUAUUGGUUCCAAAACAGACAUUUCCUUCAGAAGCUUUGAGAUGUGUCAACAUGCACUCUGCAGCACAACCGGUGUGUUUGUUACUGACCACAACCAAAGUUUGGAAGAGGCCUCUGGGAUGCGAGGCAAAAUGUCUCCAACAAAACCAUAAAAGUCUUGCUGUUUUCACCUAAAACUCGCAGGAUGACUAAGGCCCAAUCCCAAUACUUGCACUGUGCACUCGGAGAAAGUGUGCAGUAACCCCGGUUUCAUACUGGAAGCAUCAGCGGUGCGAAACAGCAGCAGAAAGGUUUAAUCGCAAACUUCAAAGCAGUCCUUUUCACACGGGGAGAGUCUAGGCAGCUGCACGACUUCCUCGCUGUGCUCUUUGUUGGACUCGUGAGAUCUCACGAUCCCUCAAGACUUCCGAUCAUGGUUUGUUUAUGCAAUCUGCCAUGAAACCAAAAAGAAGGAAAUCACAUUUGAUAUCACUGUCAUAUAUGAUGUAUUUCCUCUCCACUGCCAGAAUUAAAGCCAUGAAAAAAACACAGCUGCACUUCUGGAACGAUGCUGUGAGUAAAUAAGCUGUUGAAUCACACGUAAGCUUCAUAUAUACAGUAUGAAAUAGCAUUGCUGCAUUACUUUGUUUCAAAAAUUACCAGAGAUUUUACACUGAAACAAAGCAGCCCUAUGUUAGCUAUGGAAAUUGACGUGUCCCAGAAGCAACUUGUGGCAAAAAUAGAACCCAAUCCAAUCUUUAGCAGUGCGGCGUGCUGCUUCUGGGACGGGCUUGGAAAUUGCCGCAUUGCUGCUGGUUUGAAACAGUCAAUAGACUAUGUAAGGUUAUGAAGUUCAUGGUUUUCAACUCCAUACAGCUGGCCCCUGGGCACAAUAAUACCGUGUAGAAAAACCAAGGUCGGGUGUUCCUCAGACUGUUUACAUUCCAGGAGAAGAGUCCGAAGGAGAAGAAGAAGCUUUACCUAAUCAAAGUACUUUAUUUGUGAUUAAAAUUAUUAAGCAAAACAGAUGUUGAUCAACAAUAAUCAAGUGAAUGAUCUGUGAAAUAAAUAUGUCAUGAAUUAUGUUUAAUGAAACCAGGACUACGGUGCAGACAUACUGAUCCUCAUCUCCAUAGAAAUGCAUGACACAUUGUUCCAACCAAUCAGAGCUUUCGGCUGCCGCAGGAGAAUCUGGUGUUGACUUCAACUGUCCAAUCUACUUUACUGAAACUUAUCAACAAUUCAGAGAUAUAAAACAAGGCAACGCCAUUUUAAGUCAGUUCCAUUUUGACUUCAGUUCUAUUCACCAUCAUCCUAAAGACAAGCGCAGCCUGGCCGGAUGCGUUUUCUUUAAACUAAGAACUGUGAAACGGGAGAUUUUCGUCGUUUAACAACCAGACGACGUCCUUUCAAAAUAAGAGCAACUGCUGACGCUGCUGAAUCGUACCGGGCCGACCCUCCAGACGGGCUUUGAAACGUUGUGACCGCUGCACCGACAGCUCCAUCGUACAUCCGAGGUUUCCAGACCUGGCAAUUCCUGAUCUACUUGGGAGACCCCACUGGGUACGUACACGCAAAAUAGCAGCUCAUGUCAUCACUUUAUAAGCCUCGUGAUAUCUAGUCAUAACAAAGACGACCAGAUUCGAUUACGUCAUCCUAGAGAAUCUGAACCAGACACACGCACUCACACACACGCACCAACACAACAUCCGAAUCCAUUCUCAUCCAUCACAGAGUAGUCCUGGUAGAUUGUUUAGAAUUUAUAAUUCAGAAAUUAAAGAUUCUCAAACGA